UUUACACUAGUUAUAAUAAAUUUAAAUGCGUUAUCGAAUUUUUUAAACAUAUGAAAGCAAAUGCAGUUAUCACUAAUUCCAAUAAUAUUUUAACUAUAUUUGAUCUAAGUUUAACUGUUUUCCAAAGUGUCACUACAUUACUUCUGUUACUACGUCUAUGGUAACAAAUGGCAGAAGCAAAACUAAAUGAGUUCUCUCUUCCAGACGCUUUGGAUAUGCUUUGUUUACCAACCACAGUAAUAACAAGCAGAAAAUGUCUUUUGAGCGGAGGUUUUGUACUUGAAGCUGGAAUGAACCUUACAGUCUUGCAACGACAAUGCGUUAAGCUUUUGUUCGGAAAAGACUGGCAUGGAAACAUAUUUCGAUUAAAUACGCAAGUAAUAGCUGAUCUUUACGUUGAUAUCGUGGAUGAAAUUUACCCAACAGAUUUAAAAGAAGUUCAAGAACAUCUUCCUAAUAUAAGUUACAUUUUAUCCAAAGUUUCUCAAGAUGUAGAAUUUUUUAAGUUAGAUAGUGGGGAAUCGUUUAAAGAUCUCAACCGUAUUAAAAUAAUAACGUCUGAAGGUCAAAAUCUACAUCUUUCUUUAGAGUCAUUGUUAAGCAAAGACCUUUUUGUAUUUGUACAUUGUAAAAAAACGAUUUCCCUUGAAGAGCUCUUAUCAACUGAUAUAACUCCAGGCACAAUAAUAAGGUUUAUUAAUAAUAUGGGUUGUCAGGUUCCUCCUGGAAACGUUGUUAUAGAUGGUAUACAUGUGUACGAAUCUAUUUUAACUGUAAGCAAGCUUGUAGGUAAUCAUAAUAAACUUCUCUACCAAAUAUUUCAACUUGAUUCGGGUAUCAAAGUUUUUAUUUCAAAUGAACCCUUAUCUUCAAAUGUAAUAGAGUUGGGAAAAUAUUCUUCAGAUGAAUACAAAGAUAGAAUAGAGACAAUAAUGUUUUCAAUUUAUUACGACAUAUAUUCUCCUUUAUUUUACGGACAACUUCUAAUAAACACUUCUUUUGAAAAUCAGAAAAUGAUUUUACAAAAUAAAGAAAAUGAUUUUACAGAGUCAGUUAAAAGUUCAACCAGUAAACCUUUGGAGAAAAUUGAACAUAAAGUAAAAGAAGUGGCUACUCGACCAACAUCAUUAUUUUUACCUGUUUGGAACAGAAUGUCAUCGAAAAAAAAAAACAGAAUAAAAAAAGUUACAAGUUUGCAUUCAUCUCCAACAAUUGAAGAAUUCUCUCCGGUAAACUGUGUUUCUCAAAUGUCAGAUGACUUUGAUGACUUUUCAAAAAGUCAAAAUGAGUUGCUUGAGCGAGCCAUACAAAGAAAAAUAUAUAACAUUAACAAGCCAAUACAAAAAUUAAAUUUUAAAAGUGAAAACAAAUCAGAUGCUUUGAACAUAUAUACUGAAACAGAAAAAAGCGCAGAGAAUCUUUAUUAUGACUGGGAAAAUGUUUCUAAAAAAAUAAAUAUACCAUUAAAAGAUGAAGAGUCUAAUGCGUCUUCAAAAAACGCAUUAAAGUUCAGCAAAAGUUAUGAAGAAAAAAGCUUGAGAACUUUUUUUUCAGGAAGACCCCGUAACAAUACUGAAAUGAAUUUUAAAAGCAGCUUUGAUAAAAAUCUAGAUUCUGGAAUUGACUCGCCUGAUGGUAGAGAACGCGAAAUAAAAUCAUUUGAGCAAUAUCUUGAUGGUUCAACAAAAAAUAAUUCUUUUACAACAGAACACUGCACCGAAUCUAAAGAUUGUAACAACGAAUCAUCAAAAAUGUUAGUUGAUGGAAAAAAAGAAGCUUUCAAAAAAAAACUUUCAAAAAGUGACACAUCUUUAGCUGAAAGUAUUGGCGCUGGAGAAGAGAACUUACACGAAUAUAUCAACAGCUCGCGAUCUACUAAAGAACUUAGCUCGGACUACAUGAGCGUGGCCUACUCGUGUGUCAAACCUAGAAAAUGCAUAAAUGAUUUACAGAAGAGAGAGCUUGAAAGUUUAGAAGAGAUACAUUCAUGCUCUAUUGAAGAUAUAGUAAGAAGGUUACAUGGAUUACAACUCGGUAAAUUUGAAAAACAAUUUAGACGCCAUAUGAUAAAUGGUAGACUGUUAAGUAAUCUAUCUGAAGAUGCAUUACAUGAAAUGGGUUUAUCUCACUUUGAAGCCCGAAAGUUAUAUAAGUAUGUACGUGGAUGGAGAGUAAACACGGUAAACUGUUGUAAAAGUUUGGAAGAUGCGCAUGUUACGGAGUGGUCAGUAAACGACGUCAAAAAAAUCAUGAGAAAUAUAAAAAUAAAUCAAUUAGGAAUUUUUGCCGUUGAAAAUCAAAUUGACGGCUAUAUGCUUGAAGAUCUUAUAAGAAAUAAUUAUAUCAAAACACUAGAAAACGAUCACGGCAUACGAUUGCAAAUUGUAGAAAUUGAACGAUUGCGUGGUUACGUUUACAAAGAAAUAAAGUACAAAGAUCAUGAGAUUGCAAAACCAGCUUCAACAAGCAAAAAAUAGAAUAAAAUUAUGUUUAAUUUAUUUAUGUUUUCAGCAUGUUUUUGGUUCACAUUUCUUUAAAAUAUAUUUAAAAUGUAUCAACAAAAUGCUGGUUCACUGAGUUGAUUACGUAUAAGACUAUUUAUAAAAUGCUGGUUCAACGAGUUGAUUACGUAUAAGACUAUUUAUAUUUUACAAUUUUAAACAUUCUAUAUGUCUUUUUAUAACAAAAGCUGCUAUUCUACAGUUAACAUAGACAAAAAAAAAUUUAUGAUUUUUUUAUAAAGUCAAAUUAUUUUUAUUAAAUAAAAACUUGAUUUUGUUUGAUUUUUAUUACUAUUAUUAUAGUUUUGACAAGUAUUGUUCUUUUAUUCAUAUUUUUUAUUGAUCAAUUGGAACAUACUGUUUUAUAAAAAAAGAUUUUAAUUAUUUUUA